AAAUUGUAUCAGCAGCCACGCCAUCGCCCUGACAUUUAAUGAGAACUUUAAGUUGGUAAGCUACAAUUACAACUUGCUCCGUUGGUGUUAUCAGGCUCCUGAAGGAGAUUCAGAGAUCUUCAUAGCUUCAACAUGGCAAGAAGUAGUGCCUCGAUCAUCGGCCUUUCCUAUGUAUUGCUGGUGGGAGCUUAUAUUUGGAAAGACAGCGCAUGGGAAGUAUAUGACUUGGCCGUGGGAGAUCAUUCCCUUUUUGUGAGAAGGGCUGCAGAGACUAUUAUGGUGGGUUGCGUAGUGGUUGCUUGGACAUUGUAUCUGGGGAAGAAGCGGAGGCAGCGAGAAUGUUACCUGGUGGACUACAGCUGCUAUAGAGUGCCGGAAGAUCGAAAGAUGAACGCGGAGACAAGUAUAUAUUUUUCUUGCAACUACCAGCCGCUGGUAGCGGAACAUCUGGGGUUGCAAUGGAAGGUGUUCCUGCGAUCUGGGUUGGGGGAUGAGACGGGCGCCUCCCACUUCCUCUUCAACGGGAGGGGAGAGGCAACGCUACCAGAGGCGCGGCUGGAGAUGCGCGAGUCCUUUACGGUCGUACUCGAUGAACUCUUCGCCAAAACGCGGAUCCAUCCGCAGCAGAUAGACAUCUUGAUCGUGACCGUGUCGACCUUCACCCCGGCUCCAUCGCACGCAUCCUGGAUCGUCCACCACUACAAUAUGAAGGAGAGCGUGAAGACCUUCAACCUCUCUGGCAUGGGCUGCAGUGCAAACGUCAUCGGCGUCGACAUGGCCAAGGAUCUCUUCCGCCUCUACCCAGACUCGUACGCUCUGGUUGUGGGCACCGAGUGUAUAACCGUCAAUGCCAACUAUCAGGGAAGCGAUAAGUCCAUGAUGCUCACCAACUGCCUUUUUAGAGUCGGGGGUUACGCGGUGCUUCUCUCCAACAACACUCGCGAAGCCGAGCGGGCCAAAAUGAGGCUCCGGCACGUCGUCCGGACAAUCGUGGGCGCGGAUGACGAGUCGUACGGGUGCGUAAUGGGAAAAGAAGACGCCGAUGGCUUCUACGGGAUCUCCCUCCGCCAUUCGCUCAUACAGGUGGCCGGAAACGCUGUGAGGAGGAACCUAGCUACCCUCGGUCCCAAAGUUCUUCCGCUGAGGGAGAUGCUCUACUACGCCUUCAAUACGGUGUGCAUUAAACUUUUCAAGAUGAAAGUGGAGCCUUAUAUUCCAAAUUUCAGGCUGGCGUUCCAGCAUUUCUGUAUCCACCCGGGGGGGCGGGCAGUGGUGAACGGGAUGGGGAAGAAUUUAAGGCUCGCCGACUUCGAUCUGGAGCCGUCACGCAUGGCACUGCAUCGCUUUGGGAACACGUCCACCAGCGGCCUCUGGUACGAGGUGGCUUACAUGGAAGCCAAAGGACGCUUGAAGGCCGGUCAUCGCCUUCUACACAUUGCCUUGGGCUCGGGGUUUAAGUGCAACACAGCUGUGUGGGAAGUGAUGAGAGAAAGCCGUCCCGGUGAGAUGGAUUUCAACGUAUGGAACGACUGCAUACACAGGUAUCCCUGUAACACCCGUCACAGGUUCACGGAUGAUUACUGCCAGGUGUAUUUCGAUGCAUUCAGAAGUGCCACGGUGGCCUAACAUACCCGUCGUAGGAUUUUCAAACUUAAAGCUAUUUGUUUUUGUAUUCAUGUUUUCUGUAGUGAAUGAAUUAUCGAGAGUAGCUUAUAAGUUUUUGUAUUAAAUAAAAUUUUAGUCAAUUAAUUAAAUGUAGUUAAUUAAAAUUAUAAAUGGUGACAGUUGGAUUGAUGUUUUCGGAA